AUGGAAACUGUCAGAACAACUACACAGCCAACCACUACAACUACACAGCCAACCACUACGACUACACAGCCAACCACUACGACUACACAGCCAACCACUACAACUACACAGCCAACCACUACAACUACACAGCCAACCACUACAACUACACAGCCAACCACUACAACUACACAGCCAACCACUACAACCUCUAAGCAAACCACAACCACUACAGAUCCAAUCACAACCACUACAGAUCAAAUCACAACCACUACAGAUCCAAUCACAACCACUACAGAUCCAAUCACAACCACUACACAUCCAACCACAACCACUACAGAACCAACAAUAACCACUACAGAACCAACCACAACCACUACAGAACCAAUCACAACCGCUACAGAACCAACCACAACCGCUACAGAACCAACCACAACCGCUACAGAACCAACCACAACCACUACAGAACAAACCACAACCACUACAGAACAUACCACAACCACUACAGAUCCAAUCACAACCACUACAGAACCAACCACAACCGCUACAGAACCAACCACAAUCACAACACAACCAACCACAACCACUACACAACCAACCACAGCCACUACACAACCAACCACAGCCACUACAGAACCAACCACAACUACCACAGAACCAACCACAAUCACUACACAACCAAUCACAACCACUACAGAACCAACCACAACCACUACACAACCAACCACAGCCACUACAGAACCAACCACAACUACCACAGAACCAACCACAACCUCUACACAACCAAUCCCAACCACUACAGAACCAACCACAACUACCACAGAACAAACCACAAUCACUACACAACUAAUCACAACCACCACAGAACCAACCACAACCACUACACCAACGCAACACUCAUCUAAUACAACAACCGUACAGACAACCACCUCUACAAUUACACAGCUAGACAAUACAACAACCACUCAAUCUAUCACAACACCUACGUUGACAACGAUAUCAACUUUAGCCAUGACAACCAUUUCAACAACAAUGUCAUCAGCUACUGCGGCUGCAACAACAUCAUCUUCAGAGCUGAAAAGCCUCAGAGAGCCUUUGAAAUAUUUCGAUAAAGAGCUGAAAAGCCUCAGAGAGCCUUUGAAAUAUUUCGAUAAAGAGCUGAAAAGCCUCAGAGAGCCUUUGAAAUAUUUCGAUAAAGAGCUGAAAAGCCUCAGAGAGCCUUUGAAAUAUUUCGAUAAAGAGCUGAAAAGCCUCAGAGAGCCUUUGAAAUAUUUCGAUAAAGAGCUGAAAAGCCUCAGAGAGCCUUUGAAAUAUUUCGAUAAAGAGCUGAAAAGCCUCAGAGAGCCUUUGAAAUAUUUCGAUAAAGAGCUGAGAAGCCUCAGAGAGCCUUUGAAAUAUUUCGAUAAAGAGCUGAAAAUCUUGAACUCUGCGAGCUUAACAAAAGUGAUUGAUUCCUGUCAGAAGAACAUCCUGACCUCAGUCUCGCUUUGGAACCCAGACCUGAUUUACUGCGCCGUUCAGUGCUUCAACUUUGAAAAUUGUUCAGGCGUCAACUACUGGGAGGCAACUCAGAGGUGUGACAUUGUGUCGGACAACAUUGCCAGCAAUGUAGUAUCUGGGACUACAUUAACCACAACAACGACCGCAGUGCCGACCACUACAUCAACUAAACAGUCAACCACUACAACAAUACAACCAACCACUACAACAACACAACCAACCACUACAACAACCACACAACCAACCACUGCAAGCACACAGCCUGCCACUACAACCAAACAACUAACCAUUUAUACAACUACUACUUCAAACACAGAACCAACCACAGAGCCAACCACAUCAACAACCACAGAUCCAACAACUACAUCAACUACAGAGCUCUCCACUACAACAAUCAAAGAGUCAACCAUUACAUCAACCACAGAGCCAACCACUAAAUCAACCACUGAUCCAACCACUACAACAACCACAGAGCCAACCACUUCAACAACCACAGAGCCAACCACUUCAAAAACCACAGAACCAACCACUACAACAAUCACAGAACCAACCACUACAACAACCACAGAGCCAACCACUACAACAACCACAGAACCAACCACUACAACAACCACAGAGCCAACCACUACAACAACCACAGAGCCAACCACUACAUCAAGCAUUAAGCUCACCACUACAACAACCACAGACCCAACCACUACAACAACCACAGACCCAACCACUUCAACAACCACAGACCCAACCACUACAACAACCACAGAGCCAACCACUACAUCAACAAUAGAGCCAACCACCACAUCAACCAUAAAGCUCACCACUACAACAACCACAGACCAAACCACUUCAACAACCACAGAGCCAACCACUACAACAACCACUACAUCAACUUCACAACUAGUAACUACAAACACACCAACCACAGAGCCAGCAACUUUAACAAGCAUACAGCCUAACGCUUUAUCAACUAGUAUAACCAAGUCUUCACAAUCUUCAGCAUUGACCACCAUUUCCACAGCAUCGCCAGCAGCAUCUCCUGCUGUUACCAUACCGUUUUCAGAAAUAAACUCUGCAAGCUUAACAAAAGUGAUUGAUUCCUGUCAGAAGAACAUCCUGACCUCAGUCUCACUUUGGAAUCCAGACCUGAUUUUCUGCGCCGUUCAGUGCUUCAGCUAUGAAAAUUGUGCAGGCGUCAACUACUGGGAGACAACUCAGAGGUGUGAGAUUGUAUCGGACAAUAUUGUCAGCAAUGUCGCCAACAUUCCAGGAUGUCAAUACUUUGUUAUAGAGAAAUGAAUUAGCUCAUUAUUUAACCCUUAAAGUGCUGAGCAGUUUUACAAUCAGUGCAUACAAAAUGGAAUUACAAUUAUGAUGUUUAGAGGCUAAGCUACCACAUGCAUUUUAAGGGUUAACUAAUAGUUUAGAAACCAUUUAAUACAUCCACUAAAGAGAUAUAAACAUCAAGUUCAUUCAAAUUAUUGCAUAGGAUAAAUUAAGGUUUUGAACAAGAUCUAAAACUGAUAUUUAGACGAGAUCUCAUUCCCCUGUUGUAAAGAUUGAUAGACUGCGGUUAAAUUGAAAAUGAUAAAUAACUCUACAAUAUUUCCCGUUACUAUUAUUUGUACAAAAAAAAAAUAUGUACAAAUGCUCCUUCUUCCUUAGUGCUAUUAGAGCAUGGCCGGCCAGGAAAACCAGUGACUUGGCUGAAUUUAGCUCAAUGGUUAAUAUGCAUGACUAGAUUGACUAGGGACACGCGUAGGACGUAAUUAUUUUUUUUUUUUGAAGUAACAUCUGUAUUUUAUAAUAUAAGUCUAGCCUUUAUUUUUAAUUGUUUUAUUAUGAUCCCUCUAUGUGCGUUCUAACUCGAAUUCUUCAUAACUCUACAAAAUAUAGCCCUAUUGAUGUUAUUAUUACAGCUUUUAUAACCCUAACCCUACUUUCAUUCUUAUAGCAUCAUGCUCAGAGCACUUUUGGUCCAAUCUCAUUUGUGGACCAGUGGGGGGGGGGGGGGAGGGGGUAUCUAGGAGUUGGUUUUCCGUGCUGCCUUUGGGCGCUCAGUAAACACAACUCUGCGCGAGUCGGGUGUCGAACCUCGAGCCCCCUUCUAGGUAGCCAAACCAAGCCAAGUUCAAGCGCACUUGGCCUCUCGACCACACUUCGAUUGGUAUUUAUAAAGGAUUGAAGUAUACCUAAGUAUACGGAUUGAGGCUUUUACAUUAUUACGAAAAGUGAGUCACGUCGCACCGUGGGCCUAUUUAUUAUAGAAAUUCUACACAAUCUUUUGUGUAUUCCUGGCCUUAUUGGAAUGCCAAGCGACCCUUUGGAAAUCUGUCCAUCGGCCCAUUUGGAUACCGGACCACCGGGCAUUCACCCGGAUGCCCACAUAGCCAGUCCGCCGCUGUUGAAAACGAUUUUAUGCUCUCUUUAAUUCGUAGAUGGAAGUUCUAAACAACAGUCGUUGAUUAGCGAUAUCUUAUCUUAUCUUAUCUAUUGGCCUUAGGCAUAAGCAAACUGGGCAACCUCUUAGGGCCUCCGAUUGGUAGGUGCCUCGCACAGGAAUAAAAAAACAUAUAUUUAAAAAAAUUCAAAAUGAGAUCAAACCUCAAACAAAGCUCAAUGUCUGAUUGAUUAAAAAAAACAGCAACCACUUUUUUUUUGUGUGUUAAUUGUUUAAUUAUGUACUCUGUGGUAAGGGGGGCUCGAAUAAUCUUUUCGCCAUUCCUUCUUAAAAUGCUAGCAAAGCAAAUUCAAAAUAAGCUUCUAAGACACCAAGCUACAAGAAAGUUAUUCCCUACGCAGGUACCUGACUAAUACGCUUUUGAAAAGUAUUUAAAUAAAUUAUACAAUCAUAAUCAUAUGUAACAAUGCUUGUCAAUUCUUUGAAUUAAAAAAAAAAACUUAACUAGAAAAAUAUAAAAAUACUU